AUGUCUUCCAUGCACGGCCACGACCCAUACAGCAAGCCGCGCAAGGUCUCGUUCUCGGACAAGCUCCCAGCAGGCUUGUUCGCCAUGACCGUGGCCACAGGCGGCGGCCACAGCAACCACGGGACCGACACUGCAGGACCGCCGGGCCGUCGACUUCCGCCCGAUGGACCCUCCACCCCGACGCCGAGCACCCCUCCUCCUCGCCGCGCGCGGUUCCAGCGAUCACCUUACGUCUCGCAUGUUCGAGCCCCCAGCACUGAUAGCGACGUGGACAUGUUCAUGCCGCCUGCAUCUGCGUCUACGUCCGCGACCGCGUCUCCAUCUCGUGCGAGCCUCGAUACGACGACGAGUUUGCGGAGCAGCGACUAUGAUUCGCCCGGGCCGGCGAGGUAUGGUGGAACCCUCACGCCGCCCCGUCCGCGUGGGCGUGACCUUGGGUGGAGCGUCCCCCGCAGUCCUGGUCCCAGUCCCGGCGCCGACGAGUAUGAGAGUGAUGGCCGGACGAGCCCGAGUCCGAGUCCGCGGAGGACUCCUCUCCCGCGUCUUGACUUUAGCCAAGUCAGCACCCCGAUCACUGCUCGCAAGGCAUUUACGCCGCGAGCACCGCCUGCAGACUUUACACCUUCCCGUCCGCGUCUCGCCCUUGGCCGCAAGAUCAGCCUCAACAAUCUCGCAGCGUAUGACGCUUCUCUGACCGGCUCUGUUAGCUCGCUCAACUCUCUCUCGGCCAACUCGGCCAACUCCACGGCCUCCUCCAUUGAUCGAGGUUCGCUCGACGGCUUCGACGAAGAGGUCCUGGGCGAUAUCGACAGCCCGACAUAUGACACCAGCUUUGAGAGUCAUCGCAGUCACCAGACACAUGCGACGUUGGACCAUGCGUUCGAGUUCGAGCGAGGCUACGAGCACAGCAGUAGCUUUGAACGGACCUUUGACGAAACAUCGUUUGUGACAGCCAUCUCAGAGGCCAACUCGUCCACCAGCAGUGACGCUGUCGACCUCGCCGUGAACCUUGCCGGUCUUUCGAUCCGGGAACAUGUCAGUGACAUCGAGCCGUCGCUCCCCAUGACGCCCCGACACGAGGACAUUGUUGAUCUGAGUACGCCCCCAAAAGAGAUUCUCAACGACCUCGACGACGCAUUCACACCCCGCCGCAACCUCAGCUACGGCCGACCGACCAUCUCGCUGCACACACCCGACAUGCCGUCUUCGCCAGCCUCUGACGCCGACGACGCAUUCUCAGACGCGCUCUCCGACGUCAUCCCCCCACCCUUAGGCUUUUCCCCGGCCCAGUCAGUGGGUUUGAGUUCGCCCUCGCGCCUCAGCCCUCCUGUCUCCAUGCCCUCGAUGCCCGCAACCCCCGGUGGUGGUGACGACGAGUACGCCUCAGACAGGAGCGAUUGGGUCCCAGCCACGGCUUCUCGUCGCCGUCGCGUGGUCGUGUCCGACAGCGAGAGCGACGACGCUGCAGCGCCGCCCCGUCGCACACAGGGCGCAGCAAAGGGCGGACUGCGCGGACGCACACCUGCUGCUAUUCGGAUCCUCGACGAAAUGUCAGACCGCGAAAGCGAUGGUAGCGACCUGGAGCGCACCACACCUUCCAAGACGCGCAAGGAAUACUCGAUCGAUGACUCGAGGGACGAGUUUACCGACGAAGAGUCGAUUGGCUCUCUGAAGGACUUUAUUGUCGACUCUGACGACGACGACGAUCCCUCCCACUACGAAGAUGCAGACGACUACGAAGACGCCGAGGAUGCGGACGAUGCAGAAGCUGCCGAAGACACGCUCGACGCGCUGGAUGAGUCUGCAAGUGACCACUCGAGUGAGGAUGGCGCCACCGCCUUGGACGAGGACGUUGUCGAGAUUCUCGAGACCUCGCCCGGUACGUCACCUGGUAAGCACGCUACUGGUGACCGCGCUGUCAUCGAGGUUCUUGACUCGGACACCGAGGACGAGGAUGUUGACGACGACAAUGACGACGAUGCGCUUCUCCACUUUACUCCUCCGCCGCGUCCCUCGAUGCUGCCAGACAUUAGCACGCUCCAUGUCGGAUCGCCCGACUCGCCUCCCAAGGUCUCCAGGACGGCCAAGCCCAAAAGCAACAAGAGGACGGAGCAGACCAUGAGCAAGCGCGAGUGGGAGGUGUACCGCGUCCGGUUUGCCCAGGAUUUCUUUGACGAGCUGGACAUGGCCGUGUUCAACUCGCAGCUCGGCUCCAAUGGUGCCAACGCGGUUCUUGACUGGUCCGGUCGUCUCAUCUCGUCUGCAGGCAAUGCGUCCCGCAAGACGACACGUCAAGGCACCUCUACUGCCAUUUCCUACUCUAUCAACCUGUCCACAAAGGUCCUCUCCACCACAGAUCAGAUCCAAUGCACGCUCGCACACGAAAUGUGUCACUUGGCAUGUUGGGUGAUCAGCAAAGAGAUGCGUAACCCCCACGGCAAAGUGUUCAAGUCGUGGGGCAGCCGCGUCAUGCGUGCGCGUCCAGAUGUGGUCGUCACCACAAAGCACAACUACGAGAUCCAGUACAAGUACUCGUGGCGGUGCUCCAACACCUCCUGCGCCAAAGUGUACAACCGCCACUCGAAGAGUAUCGACACCUCGCGCCAAGUGUGUGGCGCGUGUCGGUCCCGCCUCGAGCCCAUGUUUGAGAGCCGCCAGGCUACUGGCUUUCAGGCGUUCCUUAAGGACAACAUGAAGGCCGCCAAAGCUGCCCUUCCGGGCGCGUCCCACGGCGAUGUCAUGCGUGCCCUGUCGGCCCGCUGGAGCGAGGAGCCUGAUGGUGACCACGGGGCCUACUGGGCCCAACAACAGGCCCAGAUCAACUAG